ACUGAAAAGUGUCGGAGUCGAGAAACUUCACUCGUGUACAUAAGGUCAAUAAGAGAGCGGUGUGACGUGCUGUAGGUAGCAAUUCACAGUUUGUAGAUAAAUAUAUUUAUAUAUAUAUUAACCAGAUUUUUUGAAGUAUGCCUCGGAAAAAGCCAUUUAGCAACAAGCAGAAGAAGAAACAGCUCCAAGUGAAACGGGAGAGAAAGAGAGGUGACACAGGUUCUGGGCCCAGCAGCCGCAAUGCCAGUGUGGAGCGAGGAGGCGAGCGACAGUCCGAUACCUCCGACAGUGAGACCACUGAUAUUAGAAGAAUAAACCAGCAGCCCUUCAGCAGAGAAAGUAGAUUUGACCCCAACAGGUUCCGACUACACUUUGAGAAAGAGAGUAAAGAGGAGGUGGAAAAAAGAAAGAAGUUGGCCAUGGAGAAGUUGUUGCAGCCAGUCUCAGACAAAGAACUUGAAGUCAGCAUCGAUGACAUCUAUCCCUCAGAGAAAGGUCUUGGUUUCCCACGGCGGCCGCCCUGGAAUUAUGAAAUGACACGAGAGAACCUGCUGAGGAAAGAGGAGAAGUCGUUCAGAGAGUACCUCGAUGAUCUGCUCUCCAGAAACCCACCUGGCUCCCUCAGCCACUUUGAACACAACCUUGAGACAUGGAGGCAGUUUUGGAGAGUGUUGGAGAUGUCCGAUGUCAUUCUGCUCAUCGUGGACAUCAGGCACCCGGUGCUGCAGUUCCCCCCAGGCCUGUACCACCACAUCACAGGAGAUCUGCAGAAGAGGGUGGUGCUAGUGUUGAACAAAGCAGACCUGUGUCCUCCCCCACAGGUGAUCGCCUGGAAACACUACAUGACAUCUCAGUUCCCACACCUGCAUAUAGUCUGCUUCACCUCCCACCCUGGGCAGCCCUACAGCACAGUGCUCCAGAAGAAGAGGGUGAGGAGGAAGGCUGACUUGAGUCAUGCUGGAGGUAUAGAUAUCCUGAAGGCCUGUCAGGAGAUCACAGCAGGGAGAGUCGACCUGUCCAGCUGGGAGCAGAAGAUUCACAGAGACGCUGUCGCAGAGAGACUCGAGGGGGAGCGUGCAGACGAGGGAGCAGAGUCGGUGCUGGUGGAGCAUCAGUGUGACAGUGCUAUGGAGAUGAGCAGCCCGUCACAGGAGCUCUACAAAGAUGGCGUUCUCACAUUGGGCUGUAUAGGCUUUCCAAAUGUUGGUAAGUCAUCUAUUAUAAACAGCCUGGUGGGGAGAAAGGUGGUGAGUGUGUCCCGAACCCCAGGCCACACCAAAUACUUCCAGACCUACUACCUCACCCCGACAGUGAAACUCUGCGACUGCCCUGGACUUGUCUUUCCCUCGCUUGUCAACAAACAGUUACAGAUUCUGGCAGGAAUAUACCCAGUGUCCCAGCUGCAGGAGCCCUACAGCUCAGUUGGCUAUCUGUGCGAGAGGACCCCCUUUCUCUCUGUGCUGAAGCUCAAACAUCCCAGCCUGCUGGAGAAUGAAGCCAAACACUCAAACAAGGGAUCUGAAGAGCUUGACUGGACUGCCUGGCAUGUGUGCGAGUCCUGGGCGGAGAGGAGAGGAUAUAAGACUGCAAAAGCAGCUCGCCACGAUGUUUAUCGUGCAGCCAACAGUCUCCUGCGGUUGGCAAUUGAUGGCAGAUUGUGCCUUUGCCUCAGAGCACCUGGCUACAGCUGCCUGAGAGAGCACUGGGAAAAUCACCCAGACUUGCCAGAGAUCAUGACUCUGCAAGGAAGGAUGGCGGCGGCGGAAAGUACUGGAGAUAGAGAUGACGAUGAGGACGGAGAGUCCAGCACCGAGCCAGAGGAGGAGAGAGACUGGGAUGCGGAUGAUGAUGGAGAUGGGGAUGAUGAAGAUGAGGGGUUUGGACUUCCAAGACGGAAGGACGACAAGCCUUCUGGCUUCACCGUCAACAUGUACAAUGUACUUCGGGAAAAUGAGUGUGAGUGAUAAGGAAGAAAUAAAUUGCUCCUCUUCCCCGACUUUUCCUUGUACACCAGUAAACUUCUUAUUUCUUUUUUUUUUUCUUUCAAAAAAAGAACUUCAUUCCUUCUCAUUUUUCUUGCACAUCCACUCCUCAUGUCACUAUCUUCUCUGUACAUUAACAUGAUCUAUUCUAAUUAGUUCACCCCGUAUCCUUGUCCUUAUAUACAGAGCAUAUUCAUGUAUUCCAUGUUGUGCCUCUGCUCUGCGUGUUCAUCCAUGACGUGUGUUCUUUAAUGUCGCUUCUAGGAAUGGGUUUGGUUUGGUUUGGGUUUUUUCUUCUUUUUAAUGUAGUUCUUAAAGACAAAUGAACAAGUAAUUCCCUCAGCCUGGAAUAAUCACCCUGGUUUUCAAUCUCUCUAUUGACCUCGCAGCUGAGAUGCCAAAGUUCAGGAAAAUAUUAAAAAACAAAUCCAAUGCACUGUCAACACGAUGUCAUUCACUGGAGCAGCCCCUUGGCUCUCGGAGCAGCUUGAGAUUUAAAACCAUGACUCUAAAUCUUCUUCAUAGAGCAUCGUAUGUCUCAACUUUGUUUAAGGGGUGUGGGAUGGGACAUGGGAAAUAAAAACAAUAUUUUUCACUUGUUUUGCCGUUACCAGUAUUACAGCUCUGUUAGAGGUUCAUUUAUUAAUUUUUUUGCUCUUUGUUCUGAUUUCGGUAAUGCUGUUUUUGAAAGUGAUAUUUUAUUUCGUGUGAUUCUACACAGAAGGCAAGACAUUACAGAAUAUGUCUUGGAUGUGGGGAGGGCAAGGUCUGUUAUGUUGCUGGAUGAGGCUUCAGGAAUUUAACCUGUAGUGUUUUAACUACUACAAAAAUUAUCCUUAGAUGCUUACAGAGGUUUACAGUAUUUAGUGCCGGUUUUGUCGACACUCAUUCAACAAGUUUAAAUGCUAAUUACAGCACAGAGGAACUGAUCCUGCUGCAACUGCUAAAGAAAAUCAGUUAAAGAUAUUCUGAUGUUUUGGAGGAUCUGUUUAUUGGCUUUCCUGCAAAGUUAGAUGAGACGAUUGAUUCCACUCGCAUCUGUACAGCAAAUAUGAAGUUAGAGAUAGAAGACGGUUAGUUUAGCUUGGUAUUAUGACUGGCAAACAGCAGGAAACAAGUAGCAUGGCUCUACUAGCUUCUCCAAAGAUAAGAUUCCAUUUUAUAUCUUGUUUAUUUAAAGGGGCAGUGAGCGAUUUUGUUGAAAGAUUGUUUAUUGUUGAUCUUGUUGAUUUUUUUGACUGCACCGGUCGGGGCUCGAACACGCAGCCUCGGGUAUGGGAGGCAGACCACGCCAGCUGGCCCCUGUGCAAAAGUAUGAAAAUUUAACUUUGUGGUUCUACAGGAAGUUAUGUGCUUGACUAUUUCUUAGAGCUAGGCUGGCAGUUAUUUACUUCACCUGACUGAGCUUUAGAUGUGCUGGUAGUCUGGACUUUUUUUUUUUUUAACCUUUUGGAAAGAGUCCGUCAGGUUCCCUGUCUUUUUGCUUAGCUAAGCUGACUGGGUCCAUAUUCACCAUUACAGACACAAAAGUGGUAUCAAUCUUCUCAUUCAACUCAUCAGCAAAGGUUACCAAAGUUUUGAACUGUUCCUUUAACAACACGGAAAGAGAGACUGGCCUCUACAGCUAUAGUAGCAUAUAUGCUAUGUUGUUGUCGUUUUCUUGAAAUAUAAUUGACAGUGGUUGGAUUGAAGAUCUGGUCCUGUCAUGCUGUUCAAGCACCUGCUGCAGAUGUUCCUCAGUCUCUGUUUAAUGCCAUGUUUUAAAAAAAAAAUAUAACUCUCUCUUGAAAGUAGAAGAGUUUGACCGGUCUCUCUCUCUCUCUCUCUCUGUGUGAUGUGUGAUGGACCCGCUACAAUCCUGAGUGCUGUAUCACUGUCGUGUGCUGCUGUUGUACCUCAUUCAUGUGUUCACUCUACAGCACAGUGCUGUGUUACUAUGUAAUACGCCACACUGCAGCCACACGCAGUCAUUUCUACCAUUGGUACAAUGUAAAGCAGUUACUCAACACUGCCAUGAUGUCAGAAACAGACGUAUGGCUGUGUUGAAGUGGAUUAUUAUUAUUUUUUUAGAUAUGAAAUAUUGAAACUGAUGGUAUUUGUAGAUUGUGCUGUGAAGGCUUGAUAUGUGUUCAGGCUAUUUGCUGCAUUCCUCAUUUCAUUCCUAGUAUGUCUAUUGAUUAACUGGACUGCUUUCUGCAAUAAAGGAAAUAAUCCUCUAAACCA